GUUUGUCGUGGCUUUGUUGGCUGGAGUUUUGCGAAAUUAGGGACGCAUUGCACCCACUUUAUCAGUUUAUCAAGUGAAUGGCCUGUUACACAUAUGAUAGUCAGUUAAAGAGCCUUACUUUUGCUUUCUUCAUUUUAUCUUAUAAUUGCGAGAUCCUCCAUAAUUGAAGUCCAACGCUGCCUGUCAAAAGCAUACACACCCAGAAACCAAGACCCUUUACAAUAUUGGAAAUGGAACCAGAAAACAUAUCCACAUUUGCAUCAACUUUCAUUUAAAACUCUCUGCUCACUAUCGUCAUCUAAACCAUGUGAAAGAGUAUUUUCUGAGUUCAUAAACUAAUUACUUUUGUCUUUUAUUUCGCAUGAUUUAACCAAAAUUUUCUACAUAAGUUUAAAAUCUGAAUUCUAACUCAAAUUAGCUAUAUUUUACAAACCAACUCAGUUUAGCAUUUACACAAACAAGGAAUUUCUUUACCUGCAAUGAUUUUAUCACUACUGCAGGGGUCACUAUUGGGUGACCAACACAAGUGUCAUUAUAGUACUGACACAGUUUGUGAAGUGGGUCAAUACACUCCUUCAGGUAUCAUCGUCCCAUCACUAAGUAGCAGAGAAUACAGCAGGAAAGAUAGCUGAUAAAGUGGUAGCAAGUGGCUCUUCAGACUGGCCUUUAUGCUGCAGAGAGUGUGGCUGACGAGGUGAAGACUGGCAGGCGUGUGGGUGAGGCAGGUGCAUUGAUUGUGGAGAUGCCCAGCCCUCACGGAAAUAAGGGAAAGGUGACCAGAACAGAACAGAGGGAGGGGCCACACAGUGGAACACUGAGGACAGACACAAUGGAUUCGAACGUAUGGACAGGGAUGGUACCAUGACCAUUGACUGGAAAGAAUGGCGAGAUCACUUCAUGUUCAAUCCUUUCCACAACAUGGAAGAGAUUGUCCACUACUGGAAGCACUCCCAUAUGUUUGACAUUGGGGAACAUUUGACGGUGCCAGAUGAGUUCUCAGAGAAGGAUCGAUCCGGUCUGGUUUGGAGGCAGUUGGUUGCAGGAGCAAUGGCAGGUGCUGUGUCUAGGACAGGAACUGCUCCUUUGGAUCGCCUGAAAGUUUUCCUGCAGGUACACGGUUCUGUGUCUCAUGGGAAAAAUCUGUGGUUGGGGCUCAGAGGGAUGAUCCAAGAAGGAGGUGUCUUUUCACUCUGGAGGGGAAAUGGCAUCAAUGUCCUCAAGAUUGCCCCAGAAUCUGCAAUUAAAUUUAUGGCCUAUGACCAGAUCAAGUGGCUGAUCCGUGGCAGGGAAGGGAAAAGUUUAAAAGUACAAGAAAGAUUUCUUGCUGGUUCUUUGGCAGGAGCUACUGCCCAGACCAUCAUCUACCCUAUGGAGGUGCUUAAAACUCGUCUCACAUUAAGGACAACGGGACAAUACGCAGGUAUGGCUGACUGCGCCAGACAGAUCCUGAGAAGGGAGGGAGUCCGGUCUUUUUACAGGGGCUAUCUGCCAAAUACGAUUGGCAUUAUCCCCUACGCUGGUAUCGACCUAGCUGUGUAUGAGACUCUUAAGAAUGCCUGGCUUCAGAGGUACUGUCUAGACUCUGCAGAUCCGGGUGUUUUGGUGCUACUGGGCUGCGGUACUGUCUCCUGCACCUGUGGGCAGCUAGCAUCAUAUCCACUCGCUCUCAUUCGGACACGAAUGCAAGCGCAAGCCAGCACGGAGGGUAACCCAAAACUGACCAUGGUGGGCCAGUUCAAAUACAUCUUAUCCAAUGAAGGUGUGCCUGGUCUGUACCGUGGCAUAACCCCCAAUUUUCUCAAAGUCAUUCCUGCUGUUAGCAUCUCUUAUGUGGUGUAUGAGCACAUGAAGAAAUUCCUUGGGGUGGGACACUAACAAACAAGAAUGACAAAUGAGGAUGCCUAAACUAUAAAAGAUAAAACACAGACUUAACCUAUGAGACAGAGGAGAUGAGAAAAUAGUUAUCUUUCACUGAAACUAAAAUUGUAUUUAUUUUUUUAUUUUUUGCAUUGCUUCUUUUGGCUACGUACUCAAAAAAAAAGAUAAAUAUACCAUGAUAACAAGGCAACAUGUUAAGAAUGUACUUUAUGCUGCUUUUUAGUUGCCCUCAAAGUAUUUUUGCUAUCCCCAUUUUCUAUAUUUUAAGCUUCAAUGAUAAGUGAUGCAAUUUUGAUAUUUUUUGAUCAUGAACUGUUGGUCAGAUGCUUUCCUCUGUGUUCACAGCUGCUCCAACUUUUGUUCCACUAUGAAACACCGUUUUGUGUCUGAUAAAAUUUUUGCAGUGACAUAACUUGUCAUCUCAAAUCAAUCUGUGUAUCAUAAUUUAUGAUCAUACAGAGCUAUUUUCAAUAGUUUGUUCCUUUUAAUGAAACUUUUUUUUUACCACCAAAAAUGUGAAAUAAAGAUAUUUAUCAUCGUAAUAUCUUUUUAAACAAAUGCAUGGAUCAAGACUGCUGAUACACCACCAAUGGUAAAGAAAAGUUCUCUUAAAUUUGUUUACAUUUGAUGAAACGCAUGUAACAUCCUCUACAUUGCUAUUGUUAUUUUCUGUUAUACAAGCCUACUUGAUGAAUGCUUGUCUCCAAUGGGGCCUUUCACGCAUGAUAUGUGGAAAGCAUGAAGGCAUGUUAUUGUUGUGGAGCCAGCUAGUUUAGGUGUAGGUGAAUAAUUUAUUCCAUAUAUUUUAAAAUACAAAAGUGUUUGUAUGUAUAAAUGCUUGUUUAUAAUGGCUACAAUUACUGUACAGUCAACCCUCAAAAGUUGAUCACAACUCACUGGUUCCAAUACAUGUAAAGUGACUUUUAUACCUUCGUAAACUACAGACAGCCAUUUAACAUUCAACAUUCUAACCUGUUCUAAAAGUAUUAAUACAAAUUACCCUCCAAUAAAACUAAGACAAAGUAAAACAACUCACACAUUCAUUAAAGAAGCUUGACACAAACAUAGUCAAAAAGGAAGGUGCCUGCAGAGUGAUGCUGUUUCUCAGAGGUAUUUUUUUAGGUGCUAAUGGAGUCAAGUGCAUAAUAAUCUCGCCCAUAACAUUAUUGUGAAUAUUUGAUUAGUUCUUAUUAAUGGACAUCAAUGAGGAACCACUUUUCCACAGUGUGAAUCGGUCAGUGUAGGUACAGAGUGUCUGACUUUUGAGAUUCCACUAUGUAACUUUAUGCAGUAGUUUUGACAACACAUCGACACUGACUGAACAUGAAUGGCCUCUUUAAAUGCGUCCAUAAUUUAAAUUAGGUUCUACUGCACUCCUAUAAUUGGGCUUGUAACCAUCAAUAUACCACCAAGGUCACAUUUAAAAAUGAAUUUGCACAAGUAAUCUUGGAAGCUGCAUUAUUCUGGUUUACUCAGGGCCAUGUAAAAGUGUGCAAAAAUUACAUUUUAGAUAUGCUCUUUGCAACAAAAAAAAAAUUAAAUUCCAUACCGAAUAUGAUCCCCAUGUCAUCUGGGUUCACUCCCACAAACAUGUCAACAUACAAAAAUAAGAUUUUGAUUUAUUUGACUUUGUGGAUCACAUAUUGUUCCAUAAGUAUACAAAAUUUACAUCAGUGAAUGUAACUGCUCCAUUAAACACAAUCUACUUGCUUUACAUGUACCUUUACCUGCUAAACGACAAUAAAAUUUGAUAUCAUGUAA